UUGACAACGUCGCUGUAUUUGCGUAUUUUGUUGACGCUCUUUAAUGAUGUCGCUACGAAAAUAAAGAGAUAACCAACAGUGCUUCCUGGAGAACAUUCACCUGUCAGCUCAUUUAACAGGAUGUUGUUUAAAAUACUGCUGGGCUUCCUGUGUGGCGUUAGCGCUGCGGCCACAGACAACGUCACGGCCCAGCAGGGUCCUCCAUCGCUGCUGCUCGUGUCGUUUGAUGGAUUCAGAGCCGACUACCUGCAGAGGUUCCCCAUGCCGAACCUGAAGCUCCUAUACAGUCAGGGGGUCCUGGUGGAGCAGCUCACCAACGUCUUCGUCACAAAGACGUUUCCCAACCACUACAGCCUGGUGACAGGUUUGUAUGCAGAGUCUCACGGCAUCAUGGCCAGCAGCAUGUAUGACCCCGUCACCCAAAAGUACUUCCGCAUCAACAACGACACCGACCCUAUGUGGUGGAGCGAAGCGCAGCCCCUCUGGAUUACAGCCCUCGACUCCGGCUACAAGACGGCGGCCAUGAUGUGGCCCGGCUCCGACGUGACCAACAGCAACCGCACGGCCACACACUUCUUGCCGUACAACUCUAAUGUGACAUUCCAGGAACGAGUUGGGAAUGUGACAAAGUGGAUGUUAGGAAACGAAAAGGAGGAAGGAGUGAAGUUCGCAGCUCUCUACUGGGAGGAGCCAGACCGGUCAGGCCACCGCUUCGGCCCUGACAACACCACUGCCAUGGGCAAAGUACUGAAGGAGGUCGACGACAACAUCGGUCUGCUGAUGUCGGAGCUGAAGCGCACCGGCCUCUUGGGUCGCGUCAACGUCCUGAUAACCAGCGACCACGGAAUGGCCCAGUGCUCGCCCGAACGCAUCAUACGGCUGGACGACUGCCUGCACCCCGACAACUACACACUGGUGGACUUGACACCUGUCGCAGCGCUCAUACCCAAAAACAACACACAGGCUGUCUUCGACAUACUAAGCAAGUGCCACGCUCACAUGACGGCAUAUUUGAAGAAGGCCAUCCCUGAUCGGCUGCACUACCGGAACAAUGAGCGCGUCCAGCCAAUCAUACUGAUUGCUGAGGAGGGCUGGACCAUAGUGCAGCGAGGGAACAAGUCGCUGAGAUUGGGCGAUCACGGCUACGACAACUCCCUUCCCAGCAUGCACCCCUUCCUGGCAGCAACAGGGCCCAGCUUCCGUCAGGGUUAUAAAAUCCGCAACUUACAGAGCCUGGACGUUUACCCGCUCAUGUGCCACCUCUUGUCGGUGCCUCCGCGGCCCAACAACGGCACCCUGACCCAGGCUCGGUGCCUGCUGUCUGCAGAGACCUGCUGGGACACCCCCACAGUGAUCGGCCUGGUGGUGGGCGUCCUGCUGGUCCUCACUGCAGUCACUGUUCUGUUCAGGUUCCUGAGCGCCCGCCGCCGUGCAGGGCCACGAGCCUUCCAGAGGCUGCAGGUCGGCUACGACGACGAGGACGACGACCCCUUGUUGGAGUGAACCACCGAUCGCCGUCUGUGUUUGUGCUCCAAUAGGUAUUCAACAUGCUGCACUUUACUGUCCUGUUUCUCUCCGGUAUGAGUGUGUUCAUGUUUCGUAACACACGCGGUGAAAAGAUUGUUUGUUACAAAAGCCUUCAGGCAUCCUGACGCCUACUUGUGGAGGUAGUGUGUGGAGGGUUGUCCAUAAAGUUACUGUUGUUAAGAUUCCCUGGACUUGAACAUGUGACGAGGAGCCAGUGGCGUUCAGCUGUGGAAUGUAAUUUGCAUUGAGGAAGCAUUGUCAACAAUAUUAUUGAGAUUUUAUUCUUUGAGAAGAAAAGAAAGCUUCAGUUUGAGCUACUUAUUGAAGAGAUUACUUGUAUAUUUUUCUGUGGGAAUUGUGUUUUGAAUUGUUUUUUUCUUUAUGCUCGCUUUUUUUUUUUUUUUAGUUGUAGUGUCACGUGUUUGUCAACAGAGGGAGCCAGUAGCUCAUUUGAUAUUUAUACUGACUCUCAGUCAGGUGCUGAGAUUUAAUUAUUAUCAUUAUUCUUUAGAUUUCUUUGUCAGUUUCUGAGUUUAUUUUUUACAUCAAUACCGAAGUCUGCAGAAUAAUGCUUUUGAGUUUCAUUUGCAUGCUUGAAAGGGAAAUGAAUUAAUAAUGACGACUAAUGGCUCGCCAAGGUGAAAGCGUGUUUUCAGUGGGAGAUUUCUAUGCAAAUUGUUCACUUCAAGUGUAGAUGUGUCAGGCGUCCAUCUGUGCUUCUUUAAGUGAGUGAUACCAAAGACUAUUAUUAAGAUGCACAACAGAUGCUCCAGAUAAUCAUCGCCUGAAAAAAAAGAUCAUCUUGUAUCACGAAAUUAAAGCAAUAUAGCACCUAUUAUUAGCGUUAGGUGGGAUAGCUACGCACUGGUUCACCUAGAUUUUUAAAAAUAGCACAAGAUCAAAUUCAGCGAGACUUGAAAGAUCAUUUAGGAGGCUUUGUUUUUUUUUUUUAUGUAUUUAACUGAAUUGCAAGUGAGCAGCCACAGGUCUGACGUCUGUCUGGAGGUACUUAGACGGGGAACACGGCUGUUUGCAGGGAUCAAAAACCGAGACAUAUUGCUGCUUCAAGGUCAUAGGAAAGGUCAGGUCAUAUUCUGCAUUUUUCUUAGUAUGAACAAAUCCAAUGAAAAGACCAAACCCAGCAAUGAAUGUACCAAACUAACGAGCAUUUUGUGCGAAUCCACCGCCGGCCAUAUCUUGUGUGACAUAGAGCGCCAUUGUUAUCUGAAAACUACUGGUGCACUGGGUGGCAUAUUCCUUCAUUACCACGAUCAUUUGCAGCACAUACAUCUGAUCAUAGUUGCUGUAAAUGAACAUUUGAGGAACAUUUGCGACAAACUACAACGCCCAGGAGAUGAUGGAAAAUACUGAGUCAGAUUUAUGUUUUGCUCUUUUCAUUGGAUUUAACAACCACAUCAUAGAAUAUUGCAGACCCUCUCUUAAAGUGCAGUAUUGCUUGCAUGCUUCUCCAACCAUGUCAUAUGUAUAUAGUCUUCGUGCAGCUCUUAGUUUGUCGAAACUUAAAGUCUGAGUACUGAAACAAGUGAAGAGGGAAUAUUCCAUGUCCAAACUCUUGCCAUGUUCUGUUCUUCCUUCUACACUUUUGCACUUUUUAGACUUCAAGAUUAUUUCUAAUGCCUUGAUGCAAUCAUGAAAUGAGACUAUGGUCGACUGGCUGUAACUGUAACGCCCUCUCUUGCACUGUUAAAAAUUCACACCUGAUACCACAAGUUUCGGGUCACAGGCAAGUUCUCACCUUAAUGAGGAGGGUAAACAUUUUAGAUUACAGAAAGAGAAACUGCCUCCCCAGUUUCACCUCGUUUCAACGCUGCGCAAUUUUGUGCCAUGAAGGAAUUCUCGAGUCAAAUUCAGGUCAGUGGUAUCGAUAUGCAGUAUGACCUGGUGUCAGUGGUUGUGUUUGUGUGUUUAAAUGCAGCAUCUUUGCACUCUAUUUGUGUUUGAUCCUCAAGGUUACUGUUUUUAGAAGUCCUUCUUGUACUAUGCAAAUUGUGCCUGGCCUGUAGAGAGAUUUGUGUGAUAUAAUGAGAUUUAAAAUAAAUAAAUAAAGGCGAACGGAAAUGGGGA